AUGCAUCCCAACGCCACGGCCCCGGCCGUGCCCGGCGGCUCUCAACACCUCCACUCCAAUGCCUCCAACCGCUCCGACCUGCUCUCCAAAGGACCCGACGAGGAGGAUCUGGACGUCAACACCGAUAUCUACUCCAAAGUCAUGGUGACCGUUAUCUACCUGGCUCUCUUUUUGGUCGGCACCGUGGGGAACUCCAUCACGGCGUACACGUUGGUGCGCAAGAAGUCGCUGCAGAACCUGCAGAGCACCGUGCAUUACCACCUGGCCAGCCUCGCCUUCUCCGACCUCCUCAUCUUCCUCCUCUGCAUGCCCAUCGAGCUCUACAACUUUAUCUGGGUCCAUCACCCCUGGGCUUUCGGGGGAGCUGUCUGCAAGGGCUACUACUUCCUCCGGGAUGCCUGCACCUACGCCACGGCGCUCAACAUCGCCAGCCUCAGCGUGGAGCGCUACAUGGCCAUCUGCCACCCCUUCAAAGCCAAGAGCAUCAUGUCCCGCAGCCGCACCAAGAAGUUCAUCAGCUGCAUCUGGAUUGCCUCCUUCCUCCUCGCCAUCCCCAUGAUCUUUACCAUGGGGGAGAUUUAUGCUAAGGAUCAGGAUCCGGAUUCCAUCAUCUGCACCACCAUCGUGAACACCUCCACGCUGAAGACGGUCAUCCAGGUCAACACGUUCAUCUCCUUCGUGUUUCCCAUGGUCGUCAUUUCUGUGCUCAACACCAUCAUUGCCAACCAGCUCAUGAUCAUGUUCAAGCAAGCUGCCCAGGAAAAUCAGGUUUGCACCAUCGGUGGGCAGCAGACGAUGCUCAGCAUGUCCAUGGAGCCUGGCCGUGUGCAAGCCCUGAGACAUGGUGUCAGGGUCCUGCGUGCGGUGGUGAUUGCCUUCGUGGUCUGUUGGCUCCCUUAUCACAUACGGCGCCUCAUGUUCUGCUACGUCCCCUCCAACCACUGGACAGAUUUCCUUUUCAACUUCUACCACUACUUCUACAUGCUGACCAAUGUCCUCUUCUACGUCAGUUCAGCAAUCAACCCCAUCCUAUACAACCUGGUAUCUGCAAAUUUCCGACAGAUCUUCCUUUCUACGCUCACACUCGUGUGCCUGCCAUGGAGGAAGAAGAAAAAACGACUUGCGUUUACCAGGAAAUCCAACAGCAUUUCCAGCAACCACACUUUUUCCAGCCAGGUCACAAGGGAAACUACAUACUGAAGCCAAAAGAGGAAGAGCAAUGCAUUUUGUGGAGUCUAAACUUGAGAGAGGCCUCUGUGACUUUCAUGCACGGUCUCCGAAUUCAUGUAACACAAAGCGUGUUUAGCAAAGUCAUUUUUGUUGGAGAAAUAGGCUUCAUUCUGCCAGUAACUUCGAGGUUAAUUUAAAGCAUUGGCCUUGCCUCCUGUGAGUGAUGUCUACACGAUUUGUAAGUUCAGUCUGGUGUAAAUCCAGGUACAGUGUUAACUGGGAAGCCAAUAUAUGUUAAAUUUAGGCUACUUCAUACUUUCAUCCUUCUCUCAAUGCAGAGAUGCCAUGUUCACAUCCAAAGGUUUGAGAUCAUGCCUCUUGGUGGCACUGAGCGGAGUCUAAGGAGGAAAAAGCAGUUUCAAAAUGAAAGGGUUGCUUUUGGCAAAUAGACAUGCUCAUCUAUGGAUGGAUACUCAAUGAGCAAGGAGUGAGAACUCAGGGAGUCAGAUGGGUGUUUUAAAAUUACAUCUAAAUUCUUACAAAUAUGACCUGGGUGCUCAAAAGAGCCGUUCUGGCUCCUUGAACUUAAACACCAACAGAUGAUGCCUUACUUAGAAUAGGGUGAGGAUAGCCUGGGGGGAAUUGGAGUCAGCUUUCACUUUAGGGCAUGCAUAGUGCCUGGCGCAGGGAGCCCCACUCUCUGGUAUUGGUAUUGCAACACCUAUAAGUAACAGAGUCUCUGGCAAAGUCAAGAAUGUAGGAACUGUGCCCAGCUGGAGUGUUGAAAAUGAACAGAAAUGGAAAACCUUACUUAUGCCACACAGCCAAACUCUUGUUUCUUUUGCCAGGGAUAACAGCUAGCUGGCCUGCAUUAAAGAGGUGAAAAAACAGUAGGCUGCCGAGGGAUCCAGCCUGCUGAUGUAAGAGCAACCAGCCCAGUUCUGUAGGACUAAGAUUUUUCCCAUUAUUUUCAUAAGCUGACAUCUCAUAGGCUACUGGCAGUAGGCGGCAGGGCCUCUUCUUCUGCCUUUCAUUUCUUUUUGCUACCAAAACUGUUGGUACACUGAUCUCAUCACACAAGGUCUAAGCUGGGGAGACUUAGCUCUAAAAGAACUUUCUUUUAACAAAUCAGAAGAACAGAGCUGAGACCUGUUUAUAGCAAAUCAGACAGUUUGGCCCAGUCAGGGUUGUGCUGAAUCCUGACUAUGAGCGGGUUCUGAACAAAAAUCAGAGGACAUACAUCAAAAUAAGAGGACAUACAGCAUACCUUCCUCAUAUUUUUCCCCUUGAUUAUUGCUUUGAAUAUGAAAUUUCUCAGCUGGCCAGGAUAAGUAGCAUGAUGUUUU